AUGGAUCUUUCAGUUUGUAGCUUCAGUGGAUCAAUCCCAAAGUCAGUGGCAAACCUAACACAGUUGGUGAGUUUGUCUAUGUCAUCGAAUAGGUUUGAUGGCUCCAUUGCUUCUAUUCAGUGGAAAAACCUUGUUAAUCUGAACUUUUUCAUGUUGGACUCCAAUCUACUUUCUGGGACUAUUCCCUUGUCUCUCUUCUCUAUUCCACUGCUGAGUAGACUAGUACUCUCUGACAAUCAAUUCUCUGGUCAAGUCCCUGAGUUUGCCAAUAUCUCUUCGUACUUACUGGAGACCCUUGAUUUGAGUGGCAACAAUUUGGUAGGAUCAAUACCCAUAUCUAUAUUUAAUCUUCGAGGACAUUCUCAGCUUUAUCUUUCUUCAAACAACUUGAGUGGCUUUCCUUUUAGUGGUAUUCAACAGUCGAGAAAUCUUUCAUUUCUUGAUCUUUCCCACAAUAGCUUGUUGUUUAAUGAUGACAGUACCAAUUCAUCGCAUUCCUCCUUACCUCAGGUUCAGGACUUGCUUCAGGGACAAAUCCCAAUUUUCCUACCAUUUGCCAAUUACUUGGAUUACUCAAAAAAUAACUUCACCUCUAGUAUACCGACUGACAUUGGUAAUUAUAUCUCUUCCACUGCCUAUCUCUCUCUGUCAAGCAGUAACUUGCAUGGGAUCAUUCCAAGUUCGAUAUGCAAUGCAAGCGGUCUGGUUCUUGACUUGUCCAAUAAUUCUCUGAGUGGCAUCAUUCCCGAAUGCUUGACUCAACUUUCAGUACUUGAUUUAGGGAGAAACAACCUGACUGGCACUAUUCCUGAUAAGUUUCUAGAACAGUGUAGCUUAAAAACUCUGGACCUCAGCAGAAAUCAGAUUGAAGGUCAGUUUCCAAGAUCUCUAGUCAACUGCACACAGUUAGAGGUUUUAAGCCUCGGAAACAAUCAGAUAACAGAUACAUUUCCAUGCUUAGUGAAGAACAUAUCCACCUUGCGUGUCCUUGUUUUGCGAUCCAACAAAUUUUACGGACAGAUUGAAUGUCCUGGGACUAAUGGUACCUGGCCAAUGCUUCAAAUCAUAGACUUAGCUCAUAACAAUUUGAGUGGUGAGAUAACAGGAACAUCUUUGACAACAUGGCAGGCAAUGAUGGCUAAUGGAGAUGAUACCCCAAUUGACCUUGGAUUCUCAUUCCAACCAGGCGGUGGAAGUGGGCUUGAUAUUUAUUAUGGAGAUGCAAUCACAACUACUAGCAAAGGUUUAGAGAUGGAUCUGGUAAAGAUACUUACAGUCUUCACCUCGAUUGACUUUUCGAGCAACAAAUUCAGUGGAUCAAUACCUAAGGAAAUGGGAGAAUUCAAAGCACUAUAUGUCCUUAACCUGUCCAGUAAUUCUUUCACAGGAGAAAUUCCAUCAUCAUUUGGUAACAUGCGACAACUUGAGUCCUUAGAUUUGUCAAAGAACAAUCUGAAUGGGCAAAUUCCAUCAGAGUUUGCAGGGCUUAAUUUUCUUUCAUACUUGAAUCUGUCAGACAAUGAACUGGUUGGAAGGAUCCCAACAAGUACUCAGUUUUCAACAUUUCCAAAAGCUGCCUUUGUCGGUAAUGAGGGAUUAUGGGGACCUCCUUUGACGGAGGAUAACAUAACAACAUUGUCACCACCAGCACUAAGUGAAAGCUCUCCUAAUCCUGGACAUGACAUUGAUUGGAAUAUUAUCAGCGUUGAAAUUGGAUAUACAUUUGGCUUUGGAAUUGCCAUUGGUUCACUUAUGUUUUGCAAGAGAUGGAGAGAAUGGUAUUACAGAUCUAUGUACAAAAUUGUUCUUAAGAUCUUCCCUCGGCUUGAACAAAGAAUUGGUAUUCAAAGAAGACAGUUCAUGGAGAAAUUGCCUCAUGUUCACAUUAAAGGAGAGCAUGAGGAGGAGGAAGAGAAUAUGACUGGCAUUUCAAUCAAAUUGACUAACUAA